AUGGCUAACAUUGCCAGAUACCCCUUGGUCGAAGCCAAAAGUGGGAUUGACCAACACGCAUGGUUCAUCAAAAGGCUAGUCUCUGUGUGCAAGGAAACCAGUCCAGCCAACAAUGGGAAAGUUGCCACUGCUGUGGCAAUGGAAUUUGAAGCCAAAUUCCCUAUCAACCAACUGGGACAUAUCUCCAAAGCCAAUGGGGAGGAUACGGUUGAGACAGAGGAACAGCGUGCAGAUCAGUGUAAGAACCACUUGAAACAAAUCAAGAGGUGGUUCACAAACCACCGCAAUUUCAUUGAUGAGCAGGUGGCAGGGGCACCCCAGCUGCUUGAGAUUCCAAAACUGCGGCAGGACGGGGUGACAGACAGUAAAGAGGUCAACAAAAUCUCCCAGUCAGCCUACAGUGCUGCCAUCAAUGAUAUGAAAGCGAACGACCCAGAGCGUCUGAUGCAGUACCAAGAGCAGGUGAGAGAAGCCACAGCUGCUCUCCAAGCUGCACAAAAGGCUCGGGGCAAGGAGCCGGCAGAGCCAGAGGAGGAAGACGAGGACAAACACAAACACAAACACGAGAUGGUUGAGGAUGAGGAUGAUGACCGGGUCGAGGGCAAGUCACGGUGGAAAGGGAAGGAGUGGGAGCGGGACAUGGACAACGAGGAACACGCGCGUGAGGCCGCGAGGGUGGAGGAGUAA